AUGAAACGCAAACUCGCACAGUAUGUCGCAGCUGCGCACCCGGACCAUCUUUCGAAAUCCGACCAAUUGGGUCGCGCAGUCGAAACCAAACUCUCAAAUCUCAACGCAAACACUUCAAGGAAGCAAGUCCUUCUAAGACAUUGGAUCGAACAGGUCAAAUCCGCUACAUGGGUGAUGCAGAUCGUCAAAGAGGAGCUCAACAGCCGAACGGUCACCCCAGCCACUAUCGAUGGUCCCGCGAGAACUCUUGGAUCUGCUUGCGAGGUUCUAAGCAGGCGGUUACGCGCGCUAAGUGGCGCACUCGUGGAGACGAGCGUGGAAUUUUCCUGGAAUGAGCAUUCAAUGGAAUUCGAGGUCGAUCAUGCUACCCAGGAGACGAGAAAGUUCUUGUAUAUUGAGAAGAAGUUGCUUGGUGCGCUUGAGGAGGUCAUUGUUGCUUAUAAUAAGCACGAAGCGAAUGAGGAAAUGGCGAAAAUGGCGUCUCUGGGCUUGGAGGAUGGUCCGACCGAGGAAACAUGA